UAUCCGAGUGCCCUAUAAUAUAAAAAGCACAUUUCCUUCCCGUUCGGGUUUUUACGAUUAGGGUUUUCGCUACUGAGAGUUUGUCUCCCACUCGGCAGCCGAUCGAAGAGAAGCGAAAAUGCCGUCACACAAGACUUUUAUAAUCAAGAAGAAACUGGCCAAGAAGAUGAGGCAAAACAGGCCUAUCCCUCACUGGAUCCGCAUGCGUACCGAUAACACUAUCAGGUAUAACGCAAAGCGCAGGCACUGGCGUCGUACCAAGCUUGGAUUCUAAGGUGUUUGUUCGGAUGGAUCUUUUGUUGAUCUGUUUAAGCUUAUUUUAAAGUAAUUUAGAGUGUUUAGUUGUCUUAAAGACCAUGGUGAUACAAGCUUUAUGCUUUGUAUUCAGUUGAGAAAAAACGCAUUUGUAUACGGAACUCAUAAGACUCCUUAAUGUUUUGGGCUUUUAUUAUUGUUCGGAAUUUGUUCCUUCAAUUUAUACUUAAGUUCCUUUUUCCUUUUAGUUAA